AUGUGUGUGAUCCAUUGCGAUAGGCGGGCCUUCGUGUUUGUCGUAGAGGAACUUGAGCCCUUCGAAGGGUGGGGUCAAGGCUUCUUUCGGGUUCGGUUAUCGGAGGGCACAUGUGAUUGCGGUUUAUUCCAGUCUCUCCACUAUCCGUGCCAGCACGCACUUGCCGGGUGCGCCGCCGCUAGCGUUAAGUGGGCCCCGUAUAUGCAUCCAGUAUACCGGCAAGAGGCUGUGUUCAAGGUGUACGAGAUGGAGUUCCCACCCAUUCCCGACGAGUCGUUGUGGUCGGAGUGGCAUGGGACGAUGAUACGUCCUAAUCCAGCCAUGCGGCGAAAGGCCACUAGAAGACCAGUGUCCACCAGAUUCCAGAACGACAUGGAUGACGUCGAGCGUCAUGAGAAACGAUGUGCCUUGUGUAAACAAGUCGGCCACACUAGACGGGGUUGCCCUAACCAACCCAUCGGAUAUGCGUAG